UAGUCUACAACAAACACUACUAGUAGUACAUAUUCUCAACGAAACACAGCGCAAUUCUGCAGCUCAGAUUCUUCUCUUCGGCACCGGACUGUUUCAAUCUAGAAAUUAAUUCACUGCUGGGCCCAAAUCUCGAAAGGCAAGAUGGUCAGCUUUGGCGGUCACAAAACCAACCUGAUCAGCUGGACACUCUUUGGGGUCUUCAGUUUAAUGGUCUACUGUGAGUUCCUCAUUUACUAUGUUGUCCUAUUUCAGUGUUCAUGGCCAGAGUUGAACUCGGCUUUGGAGGACAAGAAAAUAACCGUGAGCAACAAAGAUGAGGAGCCUGUCCGGGCGAUGUUCAUCGCAGACACGCAUUUGCUUGGAACUAGGAGAGGACAUUGGUUCGAUAAAUUAAGACGGGAGUGGCAGAUGCAUCGUGCAUUUCAAUCUGCAGUCACUCUGCACAAGCCGGACAUAGUUUUCGUCUUGGGAGACGUGUUUGAUGAGGGCCUCUGGAGCAGCGAAACUGAAUUCAAUAAUUACGUAGCAAGAUUUCGGACGCUGUUCAGUGUGCCGGACAACACAGAGCUUCACGUCGUAGUCGGCAACCACGACAUUGGAUUUCAUUAUGGGAUAAGUCCGUAUCUACAAGAGAGAUUUGCCACAGCCAUGGACGCACCCUCAGUACAAAUUUUGUCCCGCCGCGGUGUUCAUUUUGUGCUAGUCAACUCGAUGGCGAUGGAGGGUGAUGGCUGUUUCCUGUGCAGACCGGCUCAAAUCCAUCUUCAGCAAAUUUCAACCCGACUAAAGUGCACCAAGGGAACGGCAAAGUGCAAGAAAAUCCAAAAAUUAAGUCAAUACAGCAAACCGAUUUUACUACAGCAUUUCCCUAUGUUCCGAGAGUCUGAUAUCAACUGCAGUGGCCCUGAUCAGGCGCCGGAAGAUGAAAAGAAGCAAAAGUUCAGAGAGAGAUGGGAGUGUCUCUCCAGAGAGUCGUCAGACUUGUUGAUGGAGAUGCUUGAGCCGAGAUUGAUCACCACUGGCCACACUCACCACGGCUGUCACAGAAUCUACCCUGAUGGCACCCAUGAGUGGACGGUUCCCUCAUUCAGCUGGCGCAACAAAAACAACCCUAGCUUUCUUUUGGGUGUUUUCACGGCCAAUAAUUACGCAGUGGGAAAGUGCUACAUGCCUGCAGAGUCGACGGUCAUCUACCUGUACCUCUUCGGAGGAGCGUGCAUCACCCUCGGCCUGACCGUAGGCUCCAACCCCAGGAGGUGGAAGAGGGUGAAGAACAGCUGACUAGGCCUCCUGCUUGGUUCCCUGCUGCUCCUCUUAUUUUCCCUCACCCUAAUAUAUCUUAGCUAGAGGAGACCAACGUUUUGUUAACCACGCGUUCUAAAGCUUUGCUGAACUCACUUGGCGGUGAAUUUGUUGCGCCUAUGGCAUAAGCCUUCAUGAUAAUGUAAAUCAAAAUCUACAAUGGAAUUGGGAUGUUGUGAAGCUGCCUUUGUACAUGAUAAAUGUUUACUAAUCUGUUUAUUGGCAGCUGAAAAUAAUUAGUUUUGCACUGAAUUUUCCUGUGGUUGGAAGAAAAUUGAAAAGCAAUGAAUAGAAACUGGGAAUAUAUUUUUUUUCUCCACUAACUGUAAGUAUUUUUUAUGCCAGGCUAAUUAAAAAAACUGGAUUUAACGUUUUAGUUAAAAAAAAGUGAAAUUAUCAAAUUAAAAGCUUUCUCGAGUAAAUUUUGUAACUCGUUGGAUACUAGAUAGUAACAUCAAAUCCUAAAGUGAUUUCUUGUAAGCCUAAGUCAAGUUGUUCGUAAUUUUGGUCUGAAAUAUUCGAUUUUAAUGUUACGGCAGAAAUAAAUUCCCAGGUGAAGCUUGACUUUUCUCGUUUGAUCACAAAAUGCACUGGCCAGGUCCUUUUACUGCCUACUCUUAGCUUCUCAAUAAAAGUUUUACAAAUUUUAGCCUGCUCUCAAUUUGUUAGCAAUAAAUAAUUGAAAUAUAAAUAUAUUUUGUGAACUACUAUGUUGACGAAGCAAAUUAAUUUCUAUAAGACAUUGGUACAAAUUAAGUUAUUUAUUACAAUGUAUAUAUAUUAUUAAUGUUGAUGUAUGUGCUGUACUUGAUGUGUCUUAAAUGUGAUAACCCUAGUCUUCUGAUACCUAACCAUUUGUAAAUGUUGUUCAAAACGCCAUUCCACUAUCCAAAAGACCGAUUUCCGAGUCCAAACUCGUAAGCAGUAAUAAUUAUUAUUAAUAAUAACCAACAAAUAAUAAAACUCGUGUUAAUUUAAAAUAA